AUGUGCACCACCUUCGAUGACAAUGGACUGCUACAGGCGUGUAUGGGCAGACUAAACGUUGAAGAUAGCCAGUCGGCCUGCUUGUUUGAACAAGAGCUGCAGGACUGCAUGAAGAACGAGCCCUCAAACUCUUCUGAUCAGCCAAGCUUCGUCGGCGGUGAGGAUGAGUUGGAGAUCAUUCUCCGGGGUGAUGAUGCUAUCCUUCUGUGUAGGGUAGAAGGUGAUCUUCAAGAUUAUGAGGUGACUUGGAUGAAACAAGACCCGAUCCAAUUACUCUCGAACACGCGAAAUCCCCGCUACGCAGUCAGACGGGAAGGAAACACAACCUUUGACCUCUCUAUUGCUUCCGUCGGGUUAUCAGACGAGGGUGUGUACAUCUGUCAAAUAAAUACCCAAAUUCCGACAUCUCGUCGAGUCGAUUUGCGAGUGGGACGUCCAUCAGCUCUACAAGCUAUCACCUACGAAGGAAACCCCAUUGAUAUACAGGUCCGAAUUCCUACGAUUACCGUCAACGAAUCCCAGUCGUUUUAUGUCGAUUGUGUCAUCACGGGAUUCCCACCGCCUCUCUUACAAUGGAUCUCUUUGGUCACGGAUAUCGAGUCAGCUAUGAAUAUGCAGUAUGCGAGCGUGAAUGGAGCAAUACGAUUGGUCGUUGACAAUGCAUCACGUGACGAUUCUGGCCAAUACGCUUGCAGAGCGAGCAACCCGUACGGCGACGUGGAGAAGCGCAUCAGAUUGGUCGUGCAAUAUGAGCCCAGUAUAUCUCCUCUCGCACCCGUCAUCUAUGCUGGCUUGAAUAGCUACAUCAAGAUUGACUGCCAAGCAACCGCUUCCCCUCCAGCUAUCUACAGAUGGACCAAAAGUGAAGAUGGAGAGAAACUUGUAACAGCACAGAGAUCCCUUGUGAUCGUGAAGCUGGAUGAAUCCGAUUACGGCAUGUAUACAUGCACUGCUACAAACCUCCUUGGAACGGCUGUGAAAAGCCUAGAAAUAUGCGGAAGGCCUAUGCGACCUACUAUUCUUAGCACAGCUACCGGACCACGACGUCAUGCAUACCAUCUUCUCUGGGCACCAAAUGCAAUCACGCCGUAUGGCACACCCUUGAACAUUGAUGAAUUCAUCGUGGCAUAUCGUCCACGGAAUCAGCCUAAAGCAGUCGCCAGUCUGGGAAACCAAACACAACUUCAGUGGUUCCAAGAGGUCGUCCCAUUUUCUUCAGAUUCUGACACAGUAUCACACGUCAUCCGGGAUCUAUAUACAAAUACCACAUACGAGGUCAUUCUGUAUGGCCGAAAUUCGUUGGGCAACGGAGAGGGCGCCAGUUUAACUUUCAGCACGUCUGUCUCGGACUUAUCAACCAGUUUGGAAACCAAUAUUGAUCGCAGAAACGCCGAAGAACGUGUGGAGCUGGAAAUCUCACCGGACACCGCUUCAGCAUCCCUAUCGAGUAACCAUGGGUACAGCUUACCCAGUCUCGUAUUCUGUCCCAUGGUAGUCUUCACGAUGACCUAUGGAGAGCGUGUGUGGCUUCGUGGUUAGAGCAGUGGUCGUGGAACUGGGAUCCUACAUGUAGGUUCAAAACCAAGUUGGUGCAAUAGUCCUCUUUGUUGACCAUCCAUGUAGGCUACAUACAUUAUGUGUGAAUGUGUAUGAGUAUGUGAUUUUGAAAGAUUUUAUGUCAGUAAUAAUAAUAAUAACCUAGGCUUAUAUAGCGAUUUUAUCUUCCGACAAAAUAACAAUGUGCUUUACAAUAGUAAAAAAACAAUAUUACACAACUACAAAUUCAUGAGCUAAAGGAAUAUCAAAAUAAGGGCAAGAUUAAUCAUAGUAGUAUAUUGUCUCUGCUUAUAGGUCUGUUUAUUUCACUCU